AUGGAUAAAACGAAUGUGAAUGAGCAAUGUCACGCCGUUGCACGAGCACUACGUGAGCUACUGUCCUCAUCCAAUCUUGAUCUUCAGAAAUUUGAAGCUGAAUGCAAAAAACUUCUUGAGAUGAUGACUGCAUUGCCUUUACAAAGCGAUAUUGACAAGGAGGUUCUUGGUAAUGAACUAGAAAGCGAAAUGGCACGUAUGAGUGCUGCAAUACGUGCAGCUGUAGAAGAAAUAGAGAAGAUUCAGGAAAAAUCGAGAAAUAAUACUGAAGGUAUUAGGUAG